AGUUGAUCUGUGCGCCGAUUCUCACAAACUGGACGGAUUGCCUGAUGGAGCCCAGAGAGCAACAGGGCUGGAGAAACGGACACUAUAUAGAUCUGUCACAGCGAUAUAAGUGAAAGUUCACAAUGGAGGAAGAUGUUCACGGCGCUGUAGCAAUAGGUCCUUGCUGUAGGCCCUGGGUUUCCAUGCGCACGCGCACUACAAUCCGGAAGUGGCCGCCUCGUUUGAACGACGUCAUGUCGUUCUGGACCUGACUUGCAAAAAAAGCAACAGAGGAGCCUCUCUACUGGGCACAACAUAACACGCUGCCGGGUUUCAGGACUAGUUAUCUGCCUGCAGGGACAAUGGCAGGCGAGACACCCCCGGUGCAACCACGUUUUGUGUGAAAAUGUUUCCUGCGCGAUGCAGUCUCUGGUACGAUGAUCGAGAAUCAAGAAGACGAUGAAUUCAUUGCGGUGAGGGUCCAAGAUCCGCGGGUUCAGAAUGAAGGCUCCUGGAACUCUCACGUGGAUUACAAGAUCUUCCUCCAUACCAACAGCAAGUCCUUCACCGCCAAGACCUCAUGUGUGCGACGGCGCUACAGCGAGUUUGUGUGGCUCAAGAAGAAGCUGCAGAAGAACUCUGGUCUCGUGCCCGUCCCAGGCCUGCCAAACAAGUCCUUCUUCUCCUUCAGCAAUGAGGACUUCCUGGAGAGGAGGAGGACGGGCCUCCAGAGCUUCUUGGACCAGGUGCUCCACAUGACGGUGUGCCUCUCGGACAGCCAGCUGCACCUCUUCAUGCAGACCCAGCUGCCUGUGCGCCACAUCGAGGACUGCGUCCAGGGCCACACCCCCUACACCGUGACGGACGCCAUCCUCACCUACGCCUCGUCCAAUCGGGGCUUCGCCCAGGCCCAGGAGGAGGACCUGCAGAAGGAGCGGGGUUCCAGCGUGGUCUCCUACGAGUCCAUGGAAAGCCCGUCCCCGCAUCUCCCCUCCCAGCAGCCCAACGGGGAACCCCUGCAGGCCAUCCUGGAGACCCCCGAUUCGGCCGACGCCCGGCGGAUGGUCUGCCACUCGGAGAGGUCGUCGCUGCAGGUCCUCCAGCAGGACCACCACCUGGAGGCCGUCCUCCAGCCGCACCCCCCGGCCGCCGCCUCCUUCUACGUGGGGAGCAGCCUCGACGAGGGGCCCUCCCUAGGGAGUCCCCCCGAGGCCACGCCCGCCGGACGGAUACAAGCGUCGGUGGAGGUGCACUCGCCCAUGGGAGAGGCCGCCGCGCCCGACUUCAGGGAGGAGCUGGAGGAGGUGGAGGACGUGGAGGACGUGGAGGAGGUGGAGGAGGUGGAGGAGUGUCUGGCUGAAAUGCGGCCGACGGAAGAAGUGGUGGCCAGGGCUCCAAGUGUCCCUGUAGACGGUGUGUGUACCGACAGCCAGGAGGAAGAGGUGGAGCCACAGGAGGGGGAGGUGGAGCCACAGGAGGGGGAGGUGGAGCCACAGGAGGGGGAGCAGCAGGAAGGGCUGGUGGCGCAGCAGGAGGAGGGGCUGGUGGAGCAGGAGGUGGUGGCCAAGCAGGUGGAGCAGCAGCAGGAGGAGGAGAUGAAGCAGGAGGUUGUGGCAGAGCAGCAGCAGCAGCAGCAGGAGGAGGAGGUGGUGGAGGAGGUGGCGUUGUUGGAGCCGGAGGAGGUGGAGGUGGAGAAUGAGGUGGAGAAGCAGGAGCAUGGGAAUGAGAUGGUGGAGGAAGAGGAGGAGGAGCAGCAGCGUGUGAAUGGGAUCGAUGACUCAGGAGACCACACUGAAGCGGUCUGCGGUGCCGGCGGGCUCCUGGACCAUGUCGUCUCAGAGCAGGAGGAAGAUGAUGAGGAGGAGGAGGAGGAGGAGAAAGAAACUAAGGUGAACUCUGAGCAGCAGGUCCUCCAACAAACCUCCCGGGCUGAGCAGGAACACGACCCCGGGCGCCUCUUGAGUCCUGAGGAGCCCGGUGUGGAAGCAGGCAGCGUUUCAGAGGAGCCUCUUGGUCCCCCUGACGACCGCGCUGGAGAAGGCCCUCAUCAGGACGGGGCGUGUGGAGGAGCAGAGAGCAGUACGGUUGUUCUGGAGACGGAGACCAGCGGCCCAACGCUCCCCUGUGUGAACCCCGUGUCCCAGUCUGAACGCCGUGGCGAUGGCGCGAUCCAGGAGGGACAUGCUCCCCCAGUCUCACAGGAAGAGGAUUUAGAGAUGUCCGUUAACACCGACGCUCAAGAUGAGGACUCAGGAUCUCUGGUGUCUUUAGAUGGGAUCCACCCAACGGUCGACCCCGAGGACGCCAUCCGGAACGUGAACGGCCACUUGGAAGAGUCCGCCGAAGAAGUGGCGCCCUCUACGGGAGCGGAGGACUCAAGCGUUUGUGAGUCACACAAGACCACGCGCUCUGCGGACAAUUUGAUUUGGUCCGAGGCGGGCGACGCCCGACCGGCGCCGGACGAGGCCCUGGACCUCUGCCCGACCCCCGGGGCCCUCGGGGCGGGAGAGGCUCCAGAGCUCGACGCCACUGUGUGA